AUGGUUUGGAGGAACGCUGCUAGGUUAUUGGGCGCGGUGGCGGCUUCGGUUGCUAGAGCCUUUGGAAGAGCUGUGAGAGAAGAAAUAAAUAUGAGUAAGCAGGCAGCUGCAAGAGCCACUGAACAAUCUGGUCGUCCUGCCUCCGAAACGCGUAAAGCUGGAGAAACUAAUGCGAGGCUAGGAAUUACUUUGCAGGAAGCCAUGCAAAUAUUGAAUGUUAAGCAGCCUUUAAAUGCAGAAGAGAUAGAGGAGAAUUAUAAGCGUCUGUUUGAAAUUAACGACAAGUCUAAAGGAGGAUCUCUGUACCUACAGUCAAAAGUGUACAGAGCCAAGGAAAGGAUUGACGAAGAAUUAUUCAAAGAACCUGAUUCAUCAAAGGAAGCUUCAACCUUGAAGAAAGAUGAAGAGGAUGGAACGAAACAAGCAUAA